AUGAGUCGCUACGUAUCUCACGGCCGCGGAGGCGCAGGUACGCAAUAUCUUCUCCGGCGAAAGCAUACCACCCCGAGAGACCUCGUCACACCCACGAUCAAGCAAGACAUUUAUACCACCGGUCGCGGCGGCUCAGGAAAUAUGGUCGUAAACGAUCCCCAGCACCCGGAAAUUGCGCGCGAGAGUCAGGAUGUAGAGGCGCCGCCGUUGCGUGUCGAGGAGGCUCCUCAUCACACCGGACGGGGUGGUGCUGCAAAUGCGUAUAUUCCUUCCCCCGAAGAAGAGAAGAAGGCUCGCGAGCAAGAGGAACAAUUGCGUCGAAUUCGCACUGCGUCUAGAGACCGAUUGAAGGAUGCUGAGCGUGCCGCCGAAAAGCGAAGCGAGUCAUCGUCGAGCUGA